UUGCAAAUUUGGACAUAAAAUUGGAUUGGAAAAUGAACAGUUUAUCUUCUCAACAAAAUGACUCAUUUAAACAUGCAGCUCCUAUUGAAUUUGAUGACAAUUUUAAUAAUAAUAGUGCUCGAAUGGUUUUUGGACCUGAUGGAUCAGGAGACAUUUUAAAUUUUACAAAUGAAUUUCUACAAAAAUUUGUUGCUGAUUUUGGAAAGUUUCAUAUAAUCACUGCUGAUGCUGGAAUUGACUGCACGGACGAACCAAUUGAUCAAGAACGCAAGAUGCUUCCACUCAUAGAAAAACAGUUGGAAAUAGCUUUUGAAUGCCUGUGCACUGGUGGAAACUUUCUUAUAAAAAUAUUUACAUUUUUUGAAAAUGAAACAAUUCAAUUAUUGACUAAAUUAUGUGGUGCAUUUGAACGAGUAGAAUGCUUAAAACCGCCAAGCAGUAAACCAGGGAAUUCUGAGAUUUAUCUCCUUUGUAUCAACUUUUUUGGACAAUCAAAACAAAAAAAUGUGGCCCUUUCUCGAUUCUUUACUCAACAAAUUGAAGAAUGCGCACGGUUUUUUAUCAAUCAUCAAAUUCGAUUUAUCCAAUUUAAUUUACAUACAUUUCGUCGACUUUCUCAAUCCGAACGGGUAAAAUAGAUUAAACAUCAACUAGCAAAAACUAUUCUAUUUUAAGGCUAAUUUGGAAUUUCAAAAGUGUAUAGUUCAAGAAGUUAUGGCAGACUUUUUGUGGCAUAAAAUAUUUGGGUACUUAUUUAGUUUCCCCCCCCCCCCAGUCAGUUUU